AUGCUAAAAGAUAAUAAUUUAAAUUCAUCAUCAGAAGAGUAUGAGUUUAUAGAAAAAGCCAUUAUUAGUAAUAAAGGAAUAUGGAGAUGUAUCGAAAAUGAAGCAAAAGAUGACAAUGUAAUAGAAUUACCAUUCUACAACAAUGGGGAUUUAGAAAUCCACGGAACAUCUCAUACAGAAUUUAAGUAUCUUCAUCAAGAAAAAGGCUCUAUUAAUCUAUUAGAUGGCGGCUCUAUUGGAUCAAAUACUUCAAUUCAUUUAAAUUAUGGUUCAAUUUUGGGAAAUGGUACUAUACAUGGUAAUAUCAAUAGUAGCAAUGGUGAAAUUGGUCACCUAUUCGAACUAAAUGAUCUUUUAAUCAAUGGUAAUUUACAAGCAGAUCAAACUAUUUUAAUUCACUCAGCAGCAGGUGGUGUCGAUCUAUCAUCAUUAGAACUAUUAAAGUGUAAACAACACAAAGGCUAUAUAUUUUUAACAGUCGGUUCAAAAGAUAAAGAAGAAUACUUAAUAGAUAAAUAUGGCUCAUUUAUUACUGGUAUCUAUUCAUCAAGAAAUAAAAACUAUGUUCAUCAAAUUAAAAGCAAAUUAAAACAAUUAGAAUGUGACAAAGAUCAUCAGGGUGUAGAUUUAAUAUUAAAUACACAUUUGGAAGAAUUGUAG